UCCUGCUCAGCUGAAGACCUGCUGCUGCUCCGGAUAGAAACACGGACAACUCUCUGAGGACAUCUGCUCUCCUGGAUUAUUUUCACUGGCGACUGUUAGAGAGGUCUGACUCCUGAAACUUUGUCCAGAGAUAAGGAGCCGUUUCUUCCUCUGCAGUUCAUUAAACUGGGCUGAAGUUUGCGCUCUCAGAAGGUGAAGGACAAGUGCAAUGCGCGUCUCUCUGGAUUGUCUCCUUUGAGGAACUAUGUGGAGCUGCAGAUCAGAGCUUGUUCAGGAGGACCGAUGUGAAUAACCAGACCCAGCGUCCAGCCUCUCAGCCUUCCUGCAGCCCGGUGUCCGCCUGCGCUGCUCGGACACUCCGGUUUGUGUCCCCGAGGGGAUGGUCGUGGAUCCUCCGGGGCCAGGAGCGACUCUGGGGCUCCGACGCAGCAGCAGCUUUCUCGUGUCUGGGGUUGAUUCUGAAUUUAAGGGAAAUGAGAGCCGCACUUUGCUCCUUCCUGCUGUGGACGACGUACCUGCUGCUGGUCACCGCUGAGGAAGUGGAGUUUCCCCAGGAGCUGAUCGACCGACUGUCCCACAGUGAGAUCCACAGCAUCAGCGACCUCCAGCGGCUCCUGGAGAUUGACUCCGUAGGAACAGGAAAUGAUGUCAUCGAGGAGGCGAAGUACAGCAAACACCACAACCACCACAAGAACUUCUCUCGUCAUCACGGUUACUACAAUGACCUGAAGAGUUUCCAGCUCCACAGCCGGCGCAAGAGGAGCAUUGUAGAGGAGGCAGUCCCGGCGGUGUGUAAGACACGGACGGUGAUCUAUGAGAUUCCCAGGAGCCAGGUGGAUCCCACGUCGGCCAACUUCCUGAUAUGGCCGCCCUGUGUGGAGGUGAAGCGCUGCACAGGCUGCUGCAACACCAGCAACAUGCGCUGCCACCCGUCCCGCAAACACCACCGCACCGUUAAGCAUUACGCACAAGAAUCCUGCAGAAGUCGGAGAGGGUCAUCGGUGCACAUCUGUGUAAACCCCAGAAGAACAUGAGUGUCGGUGCUCGGCUACGUAAACUCCCCGACCGCAGAGCUGGACGAGCAGGAGGAAGACGAGCCGCAGAGUAAUGAAGUGUUGAUGGCUGCUGCUUCAAAGGCUGACGGAGGCCAGGAUGCAGCCCAGCGCUCAGUGUGGGGGUCCACAUGUCCCUGCAGUGGCCCUCAGCCCGACCCCGACACACACACACACACACACACACACCGACAGUUACCUCGGCGACGUGGGUCACAUGGGGUGUCGGGGGAAGCAGUAGCUCUGGAGCUGCGGUUGUGGGGGACCCUGACUUACGGGGUGUUUCAUAAAUACGGCGGUGUGUCGCUGAUACAGUGGGAAUGAUUUAUGAUGAUCUGAGGAGGUGGGCUGGGGGGCGGAUGGGACCGAGGGGCCUCCCUGUUUGAAGUGCCUCGCAGCUGUGAAUUAUUUUCCCUUUGAUUCACUCAGCUCGUCGCCUAGAUGAAGCAGGGUGAGGGAGUUUGUGUGUGCGUGUGUGUGUGUGCGUGUGUGUGUGUGUGUGUGUGUGUGGCGUGCACGGCGGGGGUCAGAGACCAUGGGAGUGUCCUCGGCGUGCCAGAAGACUUUGGCUACCGCUGCACCGGCUGGAAUGCAUCAGCUCGAACAGGAAAAGUAGCAGCGUAUUUUAAUCAUAUUUUACUUGGUUUCUGUAUUUUCCUUCACUCCUCCUCACCCGUCCUCCCUUCUGUCUCCCCCCUGACUCCAUCCUCCCCUCCACAGCUCCUCUCCACACAGACCCCUUCAGUCCUGGAGUCGGAUUGUCUGUUAUGUGAAAUAGCUGUUCACUCCCUCCUUGCACUUUCUGUUUCCUGAAACAGAGCCAUCUCCCACUCUCUAAUUGUACCCUCCUGUCAAGUCUCUGCCAUCCACUCUGUCCUUUUUGCUCUUUCAUUAAACUCUUAUUUACUUUAUCCUCUUUUAAGUGCUCAGCAUGUAUUCCCCUCGAUUCUGUUGUUCUGUGAAAACCAACAGAAAGAUCAUAGACGUCGUCACAUUCUUUGAUAUGUGAUAUUGCACAGUGGUUCUGCAGGAGAAGAAGACAGAAGAUGUGGUCAGAGGAAGAUAUUCACAUCUGGAGAUACAUUAUUGUGGGUGUGAGAGGGAGGUGGGCUGAGAAAUGUCCUCCACACACUGCCAGUGAUAACCUCGUCCUCCCUGAGGGUGAAGCUGAGGGCAGCAGCAGGUUGUCUUUGUCUGACUUUCAGUCUUCGUCCUCGAUAGGUUUCCGUUCUCUUGCGAGUGUCAUUUUAUCCUCCUUUUAUUUCAGACGACAGACAGAUGAAGAAACGUGAAGCUUCUCCUCCUCGUCACAGCUUCAGCAUCUCAUUAAGGCCUCUUCUUUCUGGCCAGCGUCUCCUGAUCCUCCCCACCCCGACAGAUGAAUCGCCACGCCGCCCUGCCUCCAUUCUCCAAACACACACACAUUAGUAUUUAUUUAUUUUUGCUAGAUUCUGUCACUGUUCCAGCUUGCCAUGGCCCGCGGUGCACAUCCACAUCCCCGCUGUGUUUUCCUUGGAAGGCCGGAGUAAAACUUUCCCCUCCAUCAUGCUCUCAUCAGUGCUUUGUGCUCAGGGAAUUCCCAAUUAACCCGACUGGGACAACAGGCUUCACCAGGAGGGCUGCGGAGACGCUGGGGAUGGACCGAGGGGGUGCACUUCCCAGAGCCUCCAGCCUCACCCCAACCCCGUGGAUCGGAUGUCAUUCCACAGCCGCUCAGGGGGACUCUUUCUCAGGGCCUCGGCUUUCUAGGGAGUUUAGAGCAGUUUGAUUUAUACAAAGAGAGUGUGGGGCCCCUAGUCGUAGCGUGGGGGUCUCUCUAAUGUAUGCUUUAUGUGGGAAGUCAUUGACUCUGUGCCAGAUAGGAAGCCAGUGAUCUUUGUGUAGAGGUUAAGAUGUGGCUAAAAAUUGACAAACACAGAAUUAAAUAUGGAACUAAAGUGCAAAAGUGGUUGAGAGGAGAGGGGCCCUCUGUGCAGCUUCAAGCCUUUCCUGGAACACAAGAAACAGGAAACACGGCAGAAACUAAAAGUGUUGAAAAACUAGUGAGAGUUCAGGCUGUUUGAAACAAGCUGCAGCACAGAUACAUCUAGAAGCAUGUAUGUAAUUGUGGUACCUCCUGCAGGGAGUGUUUUUAGACCUGCUGGUGAGGAGUGAAAGGACAAGAAGAUGUCCUGCUGCUGGGCCUCUCAUCUGAGGCCCGUUGCAUCAUCCUUCUGUCAAUAGCUGUUUGUUUGGUGAGCAGAGUUUGGGUUUGUGUGUGUUAGUCAUUAAGAUCGGCGUUAGGAGUAAGUGUCAGACGUUGGCUUCCUGCUAGCUCCUUCUGGAGGCCCUCAGUGCCGACAUUCCCGUAACCAACGGCAGCAGAGCCGUCCACAGAGAGCUGCAGCCUUCAUCUGUCUCCGUCGCCCCGUUUUCAGAUAAUUUGAUUAAAUAUUAGCAGUGCCUUUCUGGGAAUCUCUUGUCAUUCCGUGAUGGUAGAUAACAAUAAGCCUUUGAUAACUUCUCCACCUAUCCAGUCAGAGUAAUAAAUGUCCCCAGUGGGGAGCCCAGAAACUAAAUGUUAAUAGGUAACACAUGAAUGUCAUCUCAUGCAAGUCAUGAUCACGGUCACUCCCUCCUCCCCCUCCUUAAAUAACCCCCUCUGUUUGCACACACACACACACACACACACACACACACACACACACACACACACACACACACACCCCCCUUUGUGUUCCCUAAUGACAGUGAUGCUACACCUUCCUGCUCUUGGUUCUUCGCUGCUCUGGCCUUUCACCCGCUCUCCCUCUCUGUCAGCCGGUAACAGCAAACACACACCACUAACCCAGACACUAUUGUCCUUUGUUUGCUCACCACAUACCUCCUCUGCUUACUUGCCCUCUUUUCACUCCCUCUCUUCUUUCUCUUCCUCCAUGGUAAGAAGUUGUGGUGAAGGAGUGGCUGCUCCUCACUUCUUUCUGGUUUCAGCCUCUGUUACAGCACAUGCAGUUAUUCUCUCAUUGUGAAUGUCAGCAUCAUGCUUUGUUUUAUCAGACCAGGAUUGGUAUGUUCAGUUGUCUGCAUGACAAACUCACCACUGAGAGAAAGCCUUGGCGGUAUGCCAUCAUAGGAUAGAGGAAGAAAGCCUCUCAUCAGUUCUGGCCUGCGUAUGCGUGCGUUAGCCUCAUGUCCACUCCAACAUCGUGUUGCUCAUAACACCAGAGAGCGCUGAGAGAUUGUCGGCCAAUAUCCUCUCUCGUGCAGUAACCAGGAUAGGUAAAGCAGCGGAUAUUGUUUCCAUGUGGCCCUCAGCGGUGGAUGAGGAGGUUACCUGCCCUUGGCGCUCAGAUCAGAGAGGGAGAAGCAUGUGGCCACCUCCCCUGAGUUACACAACAACAUCAUCAUAACCUCCAAGCAACCUUUCCUCUUCAGCUUUCAUCUGAGCUUUAAUCAACACAGCGUAUUCACAGCCCUCAGGGGAUGCUCCUUUCUGCUGCUGGCUGUUGGGUGGGAAGCAGAGGUCUAAGCCCUGAACUGGGAGGGUGUUACCAGCUGGGAUUAGUCCCAGUAAACUGAGUUUCCUGCAUGCAUGCUAAGCAGCACUUUCUCUAACCCAUGAAGAAAUGUGGUAUAAAAGCAGCGUGUUGGGACAAGCUGAGGGCGUUUAUCUGUGUCUGUCUGGACGUGGAUGCUCCAGGCCUGGAGCAGGGGGAUCUCCCAGCUUCUCUUCUCCUGCCAGGACGAACCUUCCCUGGGCCUCGGGGCGUACGAUGCCCCCCCCCCCCCCCCCCAGCUCCUCGGCCAGUGUUUGCUUGGAUAGUCAUAGGCUCCGUUCAGUUACAACCUGAUCAGGAGAACACGAGUGGAACCCAGUGAAUCAGCUUCUAAGGAAUGCUGCCGUCACCCUCAGACACAGCGCUGAGUUUUUAGGAAUCGGUUUAUGGAUGUGUCAUCAGGAUCUACACCUCCUGAUGUUAGCAGAUGGGCAGACAGAGUACAUUCAUCGACACGCAGGGAGGGGUGAUGAUGUUGGUGGAGCAGGUCUGUACCUAACCUUUUCACCCUUCCUC